AUGUACAUAGAAGCCUUCUUGGUUCUUCUUAUGGUAGCAACGAUUGAAAAUGGUGGCAGACAGAGGAGAUGUAAGUGCAGCUGGCGGUCAGUGGUGCAACGGCGGAGAAUGGGUGGUGGUGGCGGAGAAAUAAACAGUUGGUAUGUCAACACAACACCCGUUCAAAACCCAUUUCUGAUUAUAAGCUCAGUUAACACUCUACAACAACAAUUUGUUUCGAUCAAACAAGUUCGAUUUCGAAUUCAUACACUUCAGGUCUACUCUUCUGUUCAAAUCGUCGAUAAAAUGAGUGUUAAUCACCCAGACGAAACCCUUGAUUCCAGAGUAUUCGGUAGAAAUCGCUACAAGUUCCUGGCACUCAUCGCCAUUAUCCUCCUUGCUCUCUCGUCAAUUCUUACAAGCACCGUUACUCUUCGCUUUUCCGCCGGCAAUCUCAACAACUUCUCCGACGACAUCGCCGCUGGCUCCCUUAUCCUCGACGAUUUCGACAUCAUUGAAAUCGAGGCGCGGGAGAAGGCGGUGAAGCAUGUGUGGGAUGCGUAUAUCAAUGACCGGCGAAUCAAAUUGCAACCGUUCUGGCAGGCGGCGUUUGUGGCUGCUUAUGAGGAUUUGUCCGGUGAUGUGGCAGAGGUGAGAGAAGCUGCGAUAUCAGAGAUUGCUAAGAUGUCUUUCUAUUCUACUGAUAUUCGUCUUCCGGAUCUCGAAAUGGGAUCAACGGAUUUACAGCUACAAGAACUACUCGCAUGAAAUUAGGGUAUGACUUGAAGAAGAACAUAGGAUCAAAUUCAAGAAGAGCUUCCCCACUUUGUGAAGAACUGUAGCAAGUUUUAUACAAUUUUGUAUUUUGGGUAAUGGAAAAUUUUGUAUCUUCUUUGUGUAAA